AGCGCCCUCGCGGGGGGCCGCCGCGCCCGGCCGCGGCAAUGGAGCGCCGCUGAUCGCCGCCGAGUGGAAGCCGCCGCCGGGAGACGAUGGCCCCGUACCAAGUCUGCUCGGUGCUGGAAGUGUUGCUAGUAACAAUCCUUGUAGUGGAAGGGAUUGCCAUUGCACAGAAGACACAAGGUGGGCAAAAUAGUGGAUUGAAUCGCAUUCCUCCUACCCAGUGCGAUAACUGGGUACGGACUAGUAAUGGAGGACACUUUGCUUCACCAAACUACCCUAACAUGUACCCACCAAAUCAAGAGUGCAUCUACAUCUUAGAAGCUGCUCCACGACAAAGAAUUGAGUUGACCUUUGACGAACCUUAUUACAUAGAACCCUCAUUUGAAUGUCGCUUUGAUCAUCUGGAGGUUCGAGAUGGACCUUUUGGCUUCUCCCCUCUCAUUGAUCGUUACUGUGGUCUGAAAAGCCCUGCAUUAAUUAGAUCAACAGGGAGAUUUAUGUGGAUCAAGUUUACUUCUGAUGAGGAGCUGGAAGGAAAGGGAUUUCAAGCAAAAUACUCAUUUAUACCAGAUCCUGACUUCACUUACCUAGGAGGCAUCUUAAAUCCCAUUCCAGACUGCCAAUUUGAGCUCUCGGGAGCUGACGGAAUAGUACGUUCCAGUCAAGUAGAACAAGAAGAAAAAACAAAACCAGGACAAGCAGUUGACUGCAUAUGGACAAUUAAGGCUACUCCAAACGCUAAGAUUUAUUUACGAUUUCUGGACUAUCAAAUGGAGCAUUCCAAUGAAUGCAAAAGAAAUUUUGUUGCUGUCUAUGAUGGAAGUAGUUCUAUUGAAAACCUGAAGGCAAAGUUUUGCAGCACUGUAGCAAAUGAUGUCAUGCUGCAGACUGGGACUGGCGUGGUACGAAUGUGGGCAGACGAAGGCAGUAGACUAAGCAGGUUCCGAAUGCUGUUCACUUCAUUUGUGGAUCCUCCCUGCUCAGGCAACACUUACUUCUGCCAUAGCAACAUGUGCAUCAAUAAUUCUUUAGUCUGCAAUGGCAUUCAAAACUGUGCAUACCCUUGGGAUGAAAAUCACUGCAGAGAAAGGAAAAAAGCUGGAUUGUUUGAACAAAUCACCAGAACACAUGGAACAAUCAUUGGUAUCACGUCAGGGAUAGUUUUAGUUCUUCUUAUCAUUUCAAUUCUAGUACAAAUAAAGCAACCUCGCAAAAAAGUUAUGGCUUGCAAGACUGCUUUCAAUAAAACUGGUUUCCAGGAAGUGUUUGAUCCUCCACAUUAUGAACUGUUUUCACUGAGGGACAAAGAGAUUUCUGCAGAUUUGGCAGAUUUAUCAGAAGAACUUGAAAACUAUCAGAAAAUGAGGCGCUCUUCAACAGCUUCCAGGUGCAUUCAUGACCACCACUGUGGCUCUCAAGCCUCCAAUAUAAAACAAAGCAGGACAAACCUCAGCUCCAUGGAACUUCCCUUCCGCAAUGAUUUUGCACAACCUCAGCCAAUGAAAACAUUUAAUAGCACAUUCAAGAAAAGUAGCUACACUUUCAAACAAGCGCAUGACUGCCCCGAGCAAGUCAUAGAAGACAGGGUGAUGGAGGAAAUUCCAUGUGAAAUCUAUGUUAGAGGAAGAGAAGAUACAGCACAAGGUUCGUUAUCUAUUGACUUUUAAUUUCCUAGUUAAGGUGUUAUCAGUGUACAUAGAGGAUGCUUGUGUAUAAGGACAGUGUAUAUAUUAAAAGUGUAUUAUAUGCAGCGUGUGAGAUGCACACACUUUUAGGUUAUUAUACUUCAUUUGAAAAAAAAAAAAAAAGGAAAGAAAGAAAGUCUUCAUAACUAAUUUCUGCUGAAGAACAGUGGACUUCCUCCCAUCCUCCCAAGCUACCUGUCCGGUGGAGCAACAAGCCAGACUUUUCAUGGAAAUUGGAAGUUAAGGAUGUUGGGGGAAAGACAGCAACAACAACCACCACUGUCAUUGAUCAGCAAAAACAGUGACUACUACCCUUCUCUUCACAUCGUUUUCUCUUAUUUAGAUGUCUGCUUUUCAAGACAAUUUUAAUACCUCAGUUACAUAAAUAAAAGUAGUUAAGUGCACCACGUAUAUGUCAACAUAGGUGUCUUAUUGUAUUUGUCAUAUUGAAAGAGUUAGUGUUAAGUGCCAGUUAAGACUCAAGAGUUACAUUACAGCCAUCUGUUUCAUCUUGCCUGCCAUUUAUAUUGCCUUUAAUUAUCAGUUCCUCACUCUAUGCUUUGUGAGAAAUAAGUGUAAGGGGUUACUGCCUUUUUAAAAGAUAUUGAGGUUUAUUAAUUUUAGUACAUUUGGGAAUGUGACCCUCGCAGCUUGCGGUUAAACACAAGCGCUCAUGUUAUUCUAGAUGCAGACUUCAAACUGUUUGCUUUCAAGAAGGCUUAGGAUUCUAAAAGAUUCUGCCAUGUAUUAUAAAUCCAUGUGGCUACACUGAUUUCACCGCUCUGUAGUUAGAAAAUAAUUCUGUUCCUGUGUUUUCCAAGUAUUUACAUGAAUAGACUGUACUGUACAUUUCUCUCAAAAUAGCCUUUUAGUCCUUAUGCAGCCAAUCUUCCCUACUGAAAUCAGUGAUGAUACUUUUAGCUCGUGUCCUACUUGCCUGAAAAGGAUUGCUCUGACAUGUGUGAUCACCAGGGAAACAAGGAGAAAUCAAACAACUCUUGUUAACCUUUAUGGAACCUUUCUCAUGCCCCUUGUUGCCACUUGAAAAAUUGCACAUUUCAUACCUUUUUUAAUGGUGGUUUGGACCUAAUUUUAACAUUUUUACAAUAUAGAACAGUUUUUUCAAAUACAAUAAUUCUCAUUGUGUUUUUUAGACUUUUUAUAUCGUUUGAUACUGUAUAGACUAUUUAUUAAAUCAAAAUCUAGCACCUGUACAACAGGCUUGUUUCACUGUCCGUUUUAGCAGCUCCGAAUAACAUGCAGUUGCUGCCAUGUACACCGCAAUUUGCCAAGCAUACUUAAUAUGACUUCUGCAUUAGCCUACAUUUUAUUCCCUG